CCUCGCGCUGGCACGGGCUCGCGCGGUACGUGCCCGGCAGCUCGCUCCGAACGCGGUCGCCAGCGGACCAGUCCUGACUACGACCUGCAGCUGCAGCACGAAGAGACCCGCUGUGCGAGCCGUUGGGACCGCGACUGAGGAGUCUGCGAAGGAGCUGUCGAAGCGCUCUCACCCGCUGUCGCGCUUUCUUGAAAAGGAAGGAGGCGUCACACCGGCGAUGCCAUCACGGCAGGCCUCAAAGCCGGCAUCACGGCGGCAAUCGCGGCGAACGUCAACGCCAGCACGACCGGCGGUACCACGGCCGGCACCACCGCUGGCACCACGACCUGCUCCGGCACCGGCAGCGGGACCCGGACGAUCGCAGGCGCCGAAGCCCACGGCGACCGUGCCGAAUACCGCAAUGGCCGGAAGGCACACAACCGGAAUGCCCGAGGCCGGAAUGCCGAUGGCCGGAAUGCCGAUGGCCGGAAUGCCGAUGGCCGGAAUGCCGAUGGCCGGAAUGCCGGUGGCUGGCAGCUACAUGGAUGCGCUGCGCGCACCCUACGUCCAAAUGCCGAUCCCGGGAUUUCCGCCACCGGCCGUGCCGAACAUCCCGGGCUGCCCCAGGGGUCUGGAAUACCUGGCCCAGAUCGACCACCUGCUUGUUCACCAAGCUAUACAGCUCAUGGAAAUGGUGACGUCGUGGGAGAUGCAAAACAAGUACGUCGUGAAGAACACCAUGGGCCAAUUCGUCUUCAUGGCGAUCGAGGAGAGCGGCUGUUGUCAACGCCAAUGCUGCGGCAACAUCCGAUCGUUCCAGAUGACGCUGCUCGACUACCGCAACGUCCAGGUGCUGCGGCUGUUCCGGCCACUUCGCUGCGACUGCAGCUGCCUCUGUUGUUGCUGCCUCCAGGUAAUGGACGUGCGCGAUGCUUCCAUGACCAUGAUGGGCUCCGUCCGGAUGGAGUGCACGAUCAUAUUCCCCAACUUCUCGGUGCUGGACAGCCAAGGGAACGUUGUCCUGCUGAUCAAGGGCCCCUGCUGCACAACAUCCAUCUGUUGCGAAGACGUGGUCUUCGAUAUCGUAGCCAGGGACGGCUUCACCAAGCUGGGCGCGAUUUCGAAGACCUAUACCGGAUUUAUCCGGGAGGCCAGCACCGACACCGACAACUUCACGGUCACCUUCCCCUUGGAUUUGGACGUGAAGAUAAAGGCCGUGCUGCUCGGUGCGGUCUUUCUCAUUGACUACAUAUACUUCGAGACUUCAAAUGCUCCUCCCUGCCUGGAUUGCUGCCUGGAUUGCUGCCUGAAAUGCUUCGGCGAGUGCUUGAAAGAUAUUCUGCACUGAUCACCGAUUUCGAUAUGCGAUCCCAAAGACGGCCGGGCUGCCCAGAAAGGCCGCAACCAUGGCAUACAUCGAGGCCUUUGCGCAGUCGACGGCAUGUUUGCGAACAAUGCCCUUACAGUACAUUUCCGUCUAUUCCUGUAUACCUCGCCAAAAGGAUGGCUAUUGUUUUCCGAUUUUAUCGUGAGAUUCUCGCGCGACAUUUAUGCUCGCAGCGUAUUGGUUCGUGUGAUUUUCCUCUGGAAUAUGUCGUUUGCCACGCAUCUUAUCGCGCAAGAACCGGAAGAGCAUGUUUACAAGGCCCGCGUUAUUUUGCAUGAA